AUGGGCUGUCAGUGUUCAACCCAGCACAAGCUGCUGCGGAGGCCCGGUUCCGCGGCGAAGUCGCAGAGUGGCACAGGACUGCCGACUCAGCACGACUCUAAUGCGCCCCCCUCGUCGACGCCAGCGACGGUCGAGGACACGCCGAGAGAAGCUGAAGAGAACAAGCGGGACGCGGGGACCUGCGAGGAAGCCAAGGGUGAAUGUGAGCACGCAGAUCGGCGAGGUCGCGAAGAGGCUGAACGCAGCAGAAGAGAGGCAGACCGAGGCGCGGCACGCGAGCACGAGGCCGGCCGCGCUUCUGGUAUCUCGGAAGGCGGGCGAGCGGCCGCGGAGUCCCGGGAGACGGAGACGUGUGGGGCGCCAGGAGACGUCAGUGCGGGACGCCGCGACGCGAAUGCGAUCGUAGAAGAAAAGGACAGUCCCGGAGCGGAUGGUCCCUCGCCGUUGUGUUUGCAGCCAGAGCAGGACGAGGACCCACAGAGAAGGACCGCAGGCGACGCUCCUUCGCUCAGUUGCCUGUCUUCCGCGGCUGGUGCAGGCACUCAAGAUGUGCGGGGCGCAUGCUGUCGAGAGGUCAUGGAGACUCACGCGUCAGCUGCGGGCGGCAGGAAACGGAGAGGGGAGGAAGUGGAGAAUCGCGCAGGGAACGCGCUGUGCGCAGAGACGGAAAGCUCGCCGCCUCUCGCCGCAGGCGCUUUGAGGGCGACGGAGAAAAGGCCCGAGUUUCCGCCGCCGUCGCCCGCUCGCCCGUCGCCAGGCGCAUGCGGCGUGCGCCCUUGUCCUGGCGAGGGGAGUGCGACGUCUGUCGUUUGUCGCAGGGACGGCAGUUUGCGUAGCUACCCGUCGGACGGGAGUCCUAGCGCGAUCUUCUCUUCUCCGUAUAAAAGGCGAAGCAGCGGUCGGCCGAGCCGGAGCGACGACGCAGUGAGCGCAGCGCCGAUCGCAGGUGCGUGCUCGCGGCAUCGUGACGGGAAGCCCGGAAACGCGGGUUCUGCGACCUCGGCUGCCGCGUGCAGCGAAGGCCGAGAGGGUAGGGGCGAGCACGGGAAGGCCUCGCGACGAAGCGAGAGUUCUCGGAGCGUCGUCUGCCGGCGCGUCAGCUCGGCGGCGACCUCUCGCGACGGCGAGGAGGGCCCCGUUUCCACAGGGUGUCGCGCGCGACCGACGAAGACUAGCGGCUGGCCGAUUGCGUCUCAGGCUGCUUACCGGAGCGCGUCCUCUUCUUCACAGUGGAAGAGGGCGACGGGGUGCUCCAAGAAAGCCGCGGGGUUCGGAGACGGCGACUGGUCGUGCCUCUCGCCGCUGGCCUACUCGCAGCAGAAGCUGCUGCCUUCCCAUCUGAGCAGCUCUCUGACCGUGUCGGAAAUCCUGCUCGAGUCCAGCAUCGUCGGCCGCUACGUCAUGUUGCCGUGGAACGAGGAGGACGGGGACAUCCGGCAGAACUUCUACGUGGACUGCCCGCCUCCCGGUGCGCUCCCUUCCUCGCCUCUCUCACAAGUUGUCGCGACGCAUGCAAGCGCACCUCCUUCGGCGCCUCCGACUUGGAACGGCGUCCCUUCUGACCCGGCCGAAGGCCCCGCGUGCCUCGGUUCUUCGCCCUGCGCGGGCAGAGCAGCCAGCAGGGGGACGCGGCGGGCCGCGCGAGGGGACAGGGAGAAACGAUGCAGCGUCGAACGCGACGAGCUCGAGGCAGGCCUGUACACCCGAGCGGUCUUGACUCCCGAGAGGCUCGUCAAAAGCUCGCAAGAAGUUUCAGCGUCGGGAAGUCGCUUCGGCGGAGGUUCUUCCGGGCGCCAAGACGCUCGAGGUGGACAGGGCGAAGGGAGAUCGACGGAAAAGACCAAGCGGAGCUACCAGGCACAGACGUGGACUGGUGAAGCAGACUGUACAGACGGGCUGACCUACGGUUUUGGAGGGUUCCCCAAGCAAGGAGAGAGACACAGACGCGAAGCAGGAAGCGACGAAUUCGACAGGGCCUGCGCCCAGGGAGGAAGCGAUUUACGAAAGAGAGGCGGCGACGCAGCCGUCGAAUGGGUGGAGGGCGCGUCUCCGUCUCCGUCUCCGCCUGCAUGCCGCACGGCUCUCCCACUCGCCUCGGCGUCCGGCUGUUCUGCCGAGUCGUCUGGGCCCUCUGGUUCGUUUUCCGGCUCGUAUUUGAGCGAUCCUUCGGGCCAGGCCGAGCCCGAAAGCGUCUCUGCGGCGCCUGCCUCGGCGGACGGAGACGCGCCGGUGUGCGGGCUGGGGUCUCCGUGCGACGACGCGUUGGGCCAGUUGGAGUGGGGACCCGACGGGAAGUGGACGGAUCCGGACGGGGUGAUGUCGCUGAGCCGGAAGCAGCAGCAGAAGUUUGCUGCCUGGAAGCGUCUCUCGGAGAUCGUGAAGGAUCCUGUGGUGAUUCAGGACGUGCCGAACAGCCGCGCGAUUCGCCAGGGCUUCGUCGGGGACUGCUCCUUCCUCUCCUCCCUCGCGGUCCUCUCGGAGUUCGAGCGGAAACACAAUGUGCCUGUGCUCUCGGGGCUCCUCUACCCGCAGGGCGCGAUCCCCGCCGUCGCGGACGGCGGUCGACAGGUCGGGCCGAUCUUCAAUCCGCGGGGCAUGUACGCAUGCAGGCUGUACUUUAACGGGGUUCCGCGGAAAGUCCUGAUCGACGACUACGUGCCGGUGCGGAAGGACAACAAGCUGCUUGCUGCGCACUCGUCCAACAAGCGCGAGUUGUGGGUCACCCUCCUCGAGAAGGCCUUCGUGAAGCUCAUGGGUGGCAGCUAUUCGAUGCAGGGAUCGAACCCCGGAGCGGAUUUGUACCAUCUCACGGGCUGGAUUCCCGAGACGAUUCCGUUUCGCAGCGAUGUCCACACCGGGUCACCGGCCUCCCACAAACCGAUCGUCACCGGGCGUGAGAACGAAGACGAUCAAGUCGUCAAAGACCCCAAGUGGAGCCACAUCUGGACUCAGCUCUUCCUCGGCCUCUCCGCGGGCCGCUGCGUCGCUUGCCUCGGAACGAGCGAAGUGUCCGACGCGGCGCCCAGCGGCCUCGACUUCCCCGAAGGCGUCUCCGUCAGCAGCGGCAUCGUCGCCCGCCAUGCCUACAGCAUUUUAAACUACGCGGAAAUCGAAGGACAUCGGCUGCUGUACGUAAAGAACCCUUGGGGCUGUGUCCGAUGGAAAGGCAAAUUUUCGCCUUCGGACAAGACGAGCUGGACGCAAAACAUGAAAGACCAACUUGGUUACGACCCUGCAACAGCCGCUAAAUCAGACUGCGGCUGUUUCUGGAUCGAGUGGCUAGACGUCGUCCGCUGGUUCUCGCACCUCUAUGUCUGUUGGGACAGCUCGUGUUUCCCUUACCAAGCAGAGAUUCAUUCCAAGUGGGAGCGUUCGCCGUUCAUUGAGAAUUCGUCUCUGGCCGACGAUUCGCACAUGGUCGCCUUCAACCCUCAGUUCCAUCUUCAGAUCUCGCCUCGCCCGGAAGAUUUCGCGUCUUCCGCGUUGGCUGGGCCGCACCCGUUUCUCUCGUUCCCCUCGCUGACUUCACCCGCGUCUGCGGCGUCUCUGCCGCUUCCCUCGACCUCCGCGCCGGCGACGCCGCGCACGCCGCAAGCGUUUCCGACUUCCUUCUCGCAGGAGAACCAGCCGGUCGAGCUUUGGAUUCUCUUGUCCCGCCACGUCCGAGAGCGCCAGAAAGAUCUCGCCACGAAAUACCUCGCCAUCCAUCUGCAUGCAGCCUCCGAACGGGCGACGUGCCCGCCGCCGCCGGCCAAGCAGGGUGUCUACAGCAACGGCGAGUGCACCCUCGUGAAGCUGCGUGUGCAUCCGCACGUCUUCCGCGACUUGUUCCUCAGCAGACACUCGAGCGAAGACAGCCGACUCGCGUCCCGCGAAGGCCGCCAGGAAGACGAAGGCCGGACAAGGGAUCCUGGAAACGGAGAAGAGAACCGGGGACAGGAAACGUCGUCGGCAAGACCGCCUCUCCCCGGAUACGAAGGCCUCCAGCUGCUCGACGCGUCCGAAUUCGUCCUCGUCGUCUCGCAGUACUCGCAAAAAGACGAAUUCAACUUCACCAUCAAGGUGUACGGGCACGUGCACUCCUCACUCACACAGCUCCCGCCGCUCCUCCCCCCCGAUGCACAGUCCAUCUAUUUCAAAGGCAGUUGGGGCCCGACCACGGCGGGCGGGUGCUCGAACGAUUUGUGGAGGUAUUUCACGAAUCCGCACAUUCGCCUGAAAGUCCCCCAGCCGUGCGAUGCGAUUUUCUUCCUCGAGUCGCCGCAAGAGCAUUCAGUGAAUUUGCGCUUGUUCAAGAACCGCGUCGCGACUGCGCGGUUGCUGCGCACCGGCAAGGCGUUGUCGACGGGGCCGUACCGGGCGGGGUGUUGCAUGCUGAAGGCGCGUUUGGAUGCGGCGACGUACACGAUUAUUCCCUCAACAUUCAGACCGGACGAUUUGGACAAUUUCCAGCUGUCUCUGCAUGUGCCGGGGAACGUCGCGAAGCCGCGGCCCAUGCUCCUCCCGCAACCUUACGCGAUUCCGCCGCCUUCGCCGCUCUUUUACCGCGUCGUAGAUGGCCGCAAAUGCAUGCACCAAGUCUGGUCGAGAGUCGCCCUGCAAGUGCAAGGCCCCACCCUCGUUGCACUUCGGCUUCAGUUGCCAGGGCCGCCGGAACCGCGCGACGCGUUCCCGUCUCUCACGGUGUAUCGCUACACGGAGACAGCAGAGAGAGAGCGCGCUGAGCGAGAACGUGACGAGCGGAAGAGUCAGAAAAAGCUGCACUUUGUCAUUCGAAGCGACCUCGACGGCGGCCUGAGUGAGGACGGCCACACGGCUUCUUCUGCCGCUCAAGACCUCUUCCAAAAGCAGGGAGUAGUCAAUGUCUCCUCCGUGGAGCUUUUGGAUCCUCUCUCACCAUACGUGAUUUUCAUUUCGACGCUGAACGGAGAGGAAGAUGCAGACGGAUGCCCAGUCUACGCCCACAGUCGAGAGGCGGCGCUUCACUACCUCCAUCGCCAGGAGGGAAGACGCAAGGAAGAGCCGCCAAGCUCACGUCCCUGGAUGCUGCAUGUGAUUGCCGACAACCCGCUGGAUGUCCAGCUACUCCUGUAG